AUGGACAUUAGUUCAGAAAACUCGUGUAAAAAAUGGCAUCUCUAUGUCCUGCAUUUCCUUUCAUGUGGAUCAGCGCGGAUUCAUUUACUCUGGCACCGUUUCUAUUAUGGAGAUUUUGUGAAACAUUUCUGCGAUUGCAAACUGCAACCUCGCCAUGACAUGGGAAUCGUGACGCGCUCCGACACGCGCCUUUGUUGUCGCUUAAUUGGCGUCGUCCUCCUGGUAUCCUGCCGCGCCUCGCCCUGUGCUGAGGACGCGGCCGCCUCGGAGUCCUGGGAUCGGGGGUCCUGGGGUCCUGGGUCCUGGGUCCCUUGGGGUCCUGGGUCCUCCUGGGGCCUAGGGUCCUGGGGUCCUGGGGUCCUAGGUCCUGGGGUCCUGGGGUCCUGGGGUCUGGGUCCUAGGGUCCUGGGGUCCUGGGGUCCUAGGGGUCUAGGGCCUGGGGUCCUGGGUCCUGGGGUCCUUGGGGUCCUAGGUCCUGGGGUCCUGGGGUCCUGGGGUCCUAGGUCCUGGGGUCCUAAGGUCCUGGGGUCCGGGGGUCCUGUCCUGGGGUCCUUAAGGUCCUGGGGUCCUGGGUCCUGGGUCCUGGGUCUAGGGUCCUGGGGUCCUGGUCCUGGGUCCUGGGUCCUAUCCUGGGGUCCUAAGGUCCUGGGGUCCUGGGGUCCUAGGGUCCUGGGGUCCUGGGGUCCUAAGGUCCUGGGGUCCUGGGGUCCUCCUAAGGUCCUGGGUCCUGGGUCCCUGGGGGGUCCUGGGGUCUGGGUCCUAAGGUCCUGGGUCCUGGGUCCUAGGGUCGUCCUAAGUCCUGGGUCCUGGGGUCCUGGGGUCCUGGGUCUGGGUCUUAGGGUCCUGGGGGUCCUAAGUCCUGGGGUCCUAGGUCCUGGGGUCUUAGGUCCUGGGGGUCUGGGUCUUAGGGUCUGGGGUCUAAGGUCUGGGUCCUGGGGUCCUUUCUGGGGUCCUUCCUGGGGUCCUAGGGUCCUGGGGUCCUGGGGUCCUGGGGUCCUGGGGUCCUAG